CACCAUGUUGCUAGUGUACCGAAACGAAACGCUGCCGGCGCCCAGCAACGACCCCCGCCGCCGGGCGGCAUGGAAGCUCGCCGUGUCCCUCGUGCCCGUGUUCAUCGUGCUUUUCUUCUUCCUUGCGCUGUGUAUCUGGUGGAUCGCGCGCCUCGACAGCGUGUACGUCCAGGACCUGUCGCACUCGCUCCAGAAUACCUGCGCCGGCGUCCGCUCGGCAUGGGACUGGGUCUGCGCUGCUCCCUCCUCCUGCCUCAAGCGCGUGCGCAGACAGCGAGGCCGGCCUAACACGUCGUCGUACGCUCCCGUUGAUGACGGCGCCGCCGAGCCACUCGUGUAUGUUGGCGUUCGCUGGUAA